UCUUCAAAUUCAAACUUCAUUUCUUCCCCUCUCUGAGAUUUCAAUUUCCGCCAUGGACAAAACACAACUGAUCUUGCUAGGACUACCGUUUUUCUUGUUUUGCACUGAUAUCUUCAAUCUAUUCACUCCUCCACUGUCGAAAUCUCAACACCACCCUCCAGAAACCCUAGAUUUCCCAUUACAGAAGUCGAGUGGUGUUGGAGUUGGAAACACCGUAGAGAUCAAUUUCUGCGUCUCCUGCUCUUACAAGGGAACUGCAGUAACCAUGAAGAAGAUGUUAGAGAGCUUUCCUGGAUUAGAUGUACUUCUUGCGAACUACCCUGCACCAGCGGUGAAGCGGCUUUUCGCUAAGGUUGUGCCAGUUGCUCAGAUGGGAGUCAUUGGUCUUAUAAUGGGAGGUGAACAUAUAUUUCCUAUGAUGGGAAUUGCACAUCCUCCUGCUUGGUACCACUCUUUGAGAGCGAAUAGAUUCGGGUCCAUGGCCUCCACUUGGCUUCUUGGUAACUUUCUGCAGUCUUUCCUGCAAAGUUCAGGCGCCUUUGAAGUUAGUUGCAAUGGGGAAUUGGUGUUCUCUAAAUUGAAAGAAGGUAGUUUUCCAGGGGAGAUCGAGUUGAGAGAUCUCAUCAGCAGAACCCUUACGAAACCAUUCGUCACAUGAAGCUACUAUGUAGUCUUCCACUCUAGAAGGUUCUGA